AUGAAGAAUAGAAGUAGUGAUCUCAACUCUUUGUUGUGUGUAUUGAAUGCACUGUCUGGAUCACAGAUAACUAUACAAUUAAGGAAUGAAACAGAGAUCUAUGGUACAAUUGCAACAAUAGAUGGUCAUAUGAAUAUUGAACUAUCUGAUGCAGUAUUGACUGAUAUCGGUGGUACCAACAAGGAUAAGUAUGAUUUGAUAUUGAUACAUUCAAGGAAUAUAAGAUAUAUCCAAAUACCUGAUAGGAUAGACUUGAAUCAUCUAUUAUACUUAUAUAGCAAGACACUAUCAGAUAUGCAGAAGAAGUAUCAACGAACAAAGAGAAAGCCUGAUUUGGUGAGACCAGAAAAGGUUAACUAUGUACAUGAUGAUGGUAGUACUGUCAUCGUUACUGACAAGAGAGAAUACUCAAAG